UUCUCUGAGAAGACCUCACCAUGUCCACCCGGUGGCCUGGUAGCCAAAGUCCAAGGAAUCAUUCGUCGCAGUAAGAAACGGGAAGAGGACGAGGGAGCCAACUCCAUGGUGGGGUUGUUGCCAGUAGGAGGAGUGAUGAGUAGCCAACGUCAGGGUGGUGCUGAGCCGUCUUGUAGCUGCAAAGCGAGUAGCUCCAGUCUAAUUGGAGGCAGCGGGGCGGGCUGGGAGGGCACGGCCCUGCUCCACCAUGGCAGCUACAUCAAACUGGGCUGCCUCCAAUUUGUCUUUAGCAUCACUGAGUUUGCCAGUAAGCAGCCCAAAGAGGAGCAGGCCACUACACCUGCUGCCAGUUGCACAAGCACCAACACCAGCAGCAGCAGUGUCAUCAGCACCACCCUCAGCACCACCGCUAACACCUCCACACCACCACCACCCAGCACUGCCACAACGAGCAGCUUUUCCAACCAGGAUGAGGCUGACUCUGAGACUGUACCUCCCCACCAAGUGCCCGUACUGCGUUCUAACUCUGUUCCAUAAUCCGCACAGGAAGCCCCGCCCUCCCUCUUAUUUUGCCCCUUCUGUGUCACGAUGAAGGGAAAGCUGCACAGCUGGUUGGUCAACAGGGAAAAGUUAUUUUUUUGUUGUUGUUUUAAUGGUUUAUAUCUUUGCAUGAACUUGAAGUAUUAUUGACAAUCUCUUUUUUUUCUUUUUUCUUUUAAAUGACUGACGUAACCGUCAGGACCGUUAGGACUUUGAGCAAACAUUACUUCCUUGGGCUCAAUCUUUGUUUUUGCCAGUAUAUUAGUUAUGUAUGGUGUAACCUUUUCGUCAGUCAGCCCAUUUAGCACAAACAUUUUUUUUUCUUUGUAGUAUUCAAUUCCAUACAUUCUAAUUUCUUUUGCUGCUUUUGCACCACAGGUAGCUAUAUCUGUAUGAACACAUACAUGCUUAUACACUAUAACAUGUAUAUAUAAUGCAAAUACAUUUUAAUUCAGUGCCUCUCGAUUGGAGAAACAUUGGAUUUCAUGUAGAUUUGCCAUUUUUUGGUUUUUAACUGUACAGCUCAUUGAAUUUGUGAUACUGUGUAGAGUACCAGACGUUUUGUGAUAAAACUUGUUCUUAGUUGUAGUCCAUCUGUAAAUACCGUAUAGUUUUAGCACUCAUUUUAACAUCUUGUGCUGCUGUAUAUAUAAGCACUCUUUAUCUGUAGCUGCUUGUCUGUUCAAACCUGUAAAUACAGAAAGAUUUUCU